CGCGCGGGCGGGGCGGGGCGCGCGGGGCGGGCGCGGCUGUGCCCUUGGCCGGGCGGGCGCCGGGUCGGGAGCGUUGGCGCGUCACGCCGGCCGGUGUAUGUGCGGCAAUAACAUGUCGGCGCCGCUGCCCGCCAUCGUGCCGGCCGCCCGGAAGGCCACGGCCGCGGUGAUUUUCCUGCACGGCCUGGGAGACACCGGGCAUGGAUGGGCAGAGGCCUUUGCCGGCAUCCGCAGUCCCCACAUCAAGUACAUCUGCCCACACGCGCCCGUUAUGCCGGUGACCUUAAACAUGAACAUGGCUAUGCCGUCUUGGUUUGACAUCAUUGGACUCUCACCCGACUCGCAAGAGGAUGAACAUGGGAUCAAGCAGGCGGCAGAGAGUGUGAAAGCGCUGAUCGACCAGGAGGUGAAGAACGGCAUCCCCUCCAACAGGAUCGUCCUGGGUGGCUUCUCGCAGGGCGGGGCGCUGUCCCUCUACACGGCGCUGACCACGCACCAGAAGCUGGCGGGGGUGACGGCCCUCAGCUGCUGGCUCCCGAUGCGGGCUUCCUUCCCAGAGGGCCCGAUCAGUGGUGUUAAUCGAGAUAUUUCGAUUCUCCAGUGCCACGGGGAUAGCGACCCGUUGGUCCCCCUGAUGUUUGGCACUCUGACCGUGGAGAAGCUGAAGACGUUGGUGAAUCCAGACAACGUGACCUUCAAGGCUUACGAAGGCAUGAUGCACAGUUCCUGCCACCAGGAAAUGAUGGACGUCAAGCAGUUCAUCGACAAGCUCCUACCUCCUGUGGACUGACUUCACGAAGAGGCCUUGUGUGGAAGUGCACCAGCAUCGUCGAUGACCGAACCCACCCCUCCCCCCGCCCCGAGACUCGUCCUAUUUGCAGUGUUAAAACGUUUGGCAGAUACACACGAAUGACGUAGCCUAAAUCAUACCUCCUGUGGGAAAUGCGUGACCUUUUGAGUUUCUCUACAAAUACAGGUUGGGCCUCUCCAAAGACAAACGUGGGCCGAAACCCAGAACCUGCUAGUGUUCCGAGGGAGGAGCAGCUCACUCCUCUCUCCCAGCUGUAACUCGGCAGAGUAAUAAAGAGCCUGCAAUCCAGAUGUUGUAGGAGGUGGUUUGUAAGCGAGGAGCUGAGUGGGAGCUUGUCGGGGCGGGAGCGAGCCGUGGUGACAGGAGCCGUUUAUACCUGCUGCGACUCAGGCUGGCUCUCGCCCCGAGCCCCUCAGUGACUCUGCAAUAUCUCUAUUUUUCUAUGUGUCUCCCUGUGUAUUGGUGAGUGUGGCCCUUGAUAAGGCUGAGGUGGUGUUCCGUGACUCCUCAAGGCGGUCGAGAGGAACCGUGCUCGCUGCAGUCAUGUUUGGGGACCACCUGGGUGUCCCCCCCAUAUCAUUUCUGUUUCACCUGGUGGUGUUGUUCUCUGGAACAGUAUUCCUUUGUUUCUUACCAGUUAUAACAGACCAAAUAUUGCCUCCUUGCCGUAGACGCCCACUGGCAGUACGUGCUGUGACUUGGCAUUUACAGUCCCAGACCCGAUGGUAUUUCAGAUCUCUGUAUCCUCAGAGGAACCAGGCGUCAAACCUCUUCACUACUUGAGACUUCCUGCACUACUUAUUCCUGAAGUUCAGAGUUAGCCCUAGAGCAGGUUUUAGAGGGAGAAUUUUUCCUUCCAGGUAACAAGUAAUAUCUGCGGUUGUUGUUUUUUUUUUUUGUCAGCUAAAGGAAUAAUUAGGUCAUAAUCAAAUCUGCUCUGGACUAUCUUAGGACUGCUCUUAAAAACUGCAAUUUCUAAGAUCCGCUGUCUUUGUACCAGAGUCUUAGCAAAUGCACUUUGUACAUAAGUUUGAAACCAACUGCUGUAGAAAAUGAACAAUCUCUGAGAAAAAUCUGCAUUACUUUUCUCUGAUAAUGAGCUUAUUUGAAAAUUUCAGGGUGUUUUUGCUUUGGGGGUCUUACCUGGCAGGGGCGUACUAGGGGACGGCUUCUGGCCCAGUGCUCACCUGGGGCCCGUGAGUGCCGGGGCUCGAACCCAGGCCUGGCACACAAAGCCUGUGCUCCAGCCCCUGGAGAGCUCUCGCCGGCCCUUGAAAUGUUCACUUUUGCUCAAUGAUUUUUUUGUGCAAGCAAAUAGAGCAGUAUUUACGGUUUUAAAUAGUUGAAGUUUUCCAAUCACUGGUAAAAGCACUUAAAGUCAAACUUAUGGGUAAUUCCAUCCAACUCAGUACAUCUGACACGGUUGCCAGGCUGUUAGCGUGUCGCAGAAAUAUCAGGUCGGUGUCUCUGAACUGCUGGUUUUCCUGCUGUAUCCCACCCGACUCAGACAGUGUUAGGGAUGCAUCUCACAGACGGGUGCUAAGUAACCCUGGAGGUCACUGAGUAGUGGACGGCGUGGGAUCCUAAUAAUUAAGCCAUAUGUCUAAGUCUGGGUUUUCGGUUUUUGAACAAUCACUUACUGAGUCAUUUUGCUUUCCCUGGACGAUCAGAAACUGGUUUCCCUUCAGCGAAUCAGCAAUACCUAAUUUAUGGCAGGAAAUAUUCCGUUGAAAUGUGCUAGCGCGUAGAAAAAUGUUUUCCAUGGUUUCUAUCAAUGUGAAAUAAAAUUUAGUUCCGAUUUU